GAAACGGCGAGGGCUUCAUCAACAGACAGGGGAGUCUCUUGUCAGGCUGAUAGAAGGCUGGCUAUAUCAAAUGAAAGCCUGACACGGGAUACGCCACGGAAAUCUCUCUGGCUGAGAUAACCUCGUCGACGUUUACAGAAAAUCAUUCCAGCGGCUGGAGAUCCAGAUGUUUACGUAAAACAAGCUGUCAAUCGUAUUCUUGGAACUGGAACUUUCAUCGCAUUUUAUUCUCUCUGUGCUGCUUGGGGGGGUGGCUACAACGGGGCCACAUUUAACUCAUUUGCGUCACGCUUUGGAGUUUCCUCCCUGGUUAGACAUUUGGCGUUUGCUGAGGUUUUGAGACCAAAACCGAAAUUCCAGACCAUUUUUGGCUGGUGGGCUAAAGCUGCGUUCUCUGAUGGGUUACAUGGCGUGCGUUUGAUCCUGGGGUGUGCGCUGCGCGAUGGCCGCGUCGGGCGGACGGAAGAGCGAGAAGUUGGACGAGGCGCAGGCGUUGGCCCGGAGCUGCGCGGGGAGACCGGACUUUCUCCCGUGCGACGGCCUGUCCAUCUGCGCCACUCACAGCCACGGGAAGUGCUUCAAGCUCCACUGGUGCUGCCACUUGGGAUGGUGUCACUGUAAAUAUGUGUACCAGCCGAUGACCAACGUGUGCCGCCUCCCCAGCACCCCAGUGCCUGCCAUGCCCACAGACCACCCCCAUACCAUGGACCUGACAGUCUCAUUGGCCGAACGCUUCCUCAUGACCGCCCCCGCCUUCCAAGCCCCGCCCUGCCUGGAGUCGCCAAAGUUCUGCAUCAUCUCAGACCUCUUCGUGGACGACUACAUGGUCAAACGCAUCAAUGGGAAGAUGUGCUAUGUCCAGAGACCUCAACCUUCGACCAUGCCCAGCCCGCCUCAAUCACAUCCCCCUCACCCCCGGUCCAAACCCCACCCCCAACGGACCCCCAGACACCACCCACACUUCCAGCCCAGACCACACCCCCAGGGCACCAAGCCCAGUGCCCCGGGGGACAAGGUCACCACCCCCAAAAUAGACCACUGCUCCUCCCCGUCCAGCUCUGAGGAUUCUGGGAUAAAUGCGCUGGGCGGCCAUUACAUGGAGUCAUGUGACGAGGGUUCUGAGGAAGACGAGGAGGAAGUGGAGGAGGAGGAGGAUGAAGAGUUAAGUAGUGAUGGAGAGUCUAGUCCACUAAGUAUGUGGAAUCAAGAUGAGUGUUCUCUGCUCUCUCCGUCCAAGUCUAUGGUGGAGAUUAUUGAGAAGAUCGAGACAACUGUGUGAGACAACUUGCACUGUCGCGUUGAAAUAGAGACGAUGGGACAGUGAUCUAGCCGGUUCAGCUUAGAGCCACACACACACACACACUAGCCUGUCAACGUUCCUCCAACUACAGUAUACUAAUCGUACAACAUCAAAACAGUGACCUGUUGCCUAUGAACUUUGACCUUUCACCUGUUAUAGCAUGGUUAUCUAUGACCUUUCACCCUGUUAUAGCAUGGUUACCUACGGCCUUUCACCCUUUUAUAGCAUGGUGUACCGACCGCAUUCUACUCUGGAGGGAUUUCACUUAUCUUUCCAGACCAGUAGUCAGCUGAAAGAACCCACAAAUGAACAAGAGCACAAAUGUAGGAAUACGUGAAUGUGAUCUAGUCCAUGACCCAACACUUAAAGAAGAGCACGAUGUGACCAAACACAUUCUGAGGAUUCUAAGUCAUGAGGCUACUACUUUUUACACAACAAUCAAGGUUGAAACCCAAAUGGCACCCUAUUCUCUACAUAGUGCACUACUUUAGACCAGGGCCCAUAGGGGAUAGUGCACUACUUUAGACCAGGGCCCAUAGGGGAUAGUGCACUACUUUAGACCAGGGCCCAUAGGGGAUAGUGCACUACUUUAGACUAUGGCCCAUAGGGGAUAGUGCACUACUUUAGACCAGGGCCCAUAGGGGAUAGUGCACUACUUUAGACCAGGGCCCAUAGGGGAUAGUGCACUACUUUAGACUAUGGCCCAUAGGGGAUAGUGCACUACUUUAGACCAGGGCCCAUAGGGGAUAGUGCACUACUUUAGACUAUGGCCAGUAGGGGAUAGUGCACUACUUUAGACCAGGGCCCAUAGGGGAUAGUGCACUACUUUAGACCAGGGCCCAUAGGGGAUAGUGCACUACUUUAGACCAGGGCCCAUAGGGGAUAGUGCACUACUUUAGACCAGGGCCCAUAGGGGAUAGUGCACUACUUUAGACCAGGGCCCAUAGGGGAUAGUGCACUACUUUAGACUAUGGCCCAUAGGGGAUAGUGCACUACUUUAGACCAGGACCUAUAGGGGAUAGUGCACUACUUUAGACCAGGGCCAGUAGGGGAUAGUGCACUACUUUAGACCAGGGCCCAUAGGGGAUAGUGCACUACUUUAGACCAGGGCCCAUAGGGGAUAGUGCACUACUUUAGACCAGGGCCCAUAGGGGAUAGUGCACUACUUUAGACCAGGACCCAUAGGGGACAGUGCACUACUUUAGACCAGGACCCAUAGGGGAUAGUGCACUACUUUAGACCAGGGCCGUUAGGGGAUAGUGCACUACUUUAGACCAGGACCCAUAGGGGACAGUGCACUACUUUAGACCAGGACCCAUAGGGGAUAGUGCACUACUUUAGACCAGGGCCCAUAGGGGAUAGUGCACUACUUUAGACCAG